AUGAAAAGGUUCCACUCCCUUCUUCCAGAAGGAAGUAAAUUCAAUCAGAUACUAUGCGCGAUAUUAAUAAACUUUCCGGUGUUCGUCUACGGUGCCAGCAUAGGCUGGAUGUCGCCGAUGACCUUGCUUCUCCAGUCCGAAAACUCACCGAAGGGGGUCCCCCUAACCGAUACAGAAGUAUCAUGGAUGGCGGCUGUGGCGUACUUAGUGUGUAUACCUGGGGAUGGUCUCAUGGCUAUAUCAGGCGAUAAGUUCGGUAGAAAGUUUUCAUUGCUCUUCAUAUCAGUAAUGGGCGCUGCCAGCUGGAUUAUUCUGCUGUCGUCUAUUGAGACGUGGGCACUGAUUCUAUCCAGGGCCCUGGUGGGCAUCACGAUGGCGGGAUGCUAUGUCACCUGCCCUACUUACACAAAAGAGAUCAGCGACAGUCAAAUAAGAGGAGCUUUAGGAUGUUUGGUUAUCCUAUUUCACACUACCGGUAACCUAUUCCUAUACGUUAUUGGCGACAUACUGAGCUAUCGGACGAUACUGUGGGUUUGUCUUGCACUACCGGCGUUCCAUAUCGUGAUUUUUAUGGUGAUGCCAGAAUCACCAUCGUACCUGGUGAAAAGGGGUAACGAAGAGGAGGCAGCUAGGGUACUUGCUUGGUUGCGCUGCAGGAGAAUUGACGAUGUUCAAGUGAAAGAGGAGUUAGAUUGUAUAAAAAAGGAACAGACUAAUGAUGAGGAGGGUAGCAAGUUCCUGUUAACAGCAAUUUUCAAAGACAAGAUAUUGUUCAGAGCGUUCCGCAUAGCUGUAGUCGCGACGCUCGCUCGUGAGGUCUGCGGGGCUAUACCGGUGCUGAACUUUGCCGGGGAGAUAUUCACCGGGGCUUCGGAGGGGAGGGCUGUGGUACUUACGCCGAACCAACAGGCUAUGCUGCUCGGUGCGGUGCAGGUGAUGGGCUCGGCCCUCGCGUCCAGUGUGAUCGACAGGAUCGGCAGAAAGUCACUUCUCGCCACAACUUCCUUGAUUUCCGGUCUGAGCAUGUGCUCCCUUGCAUCGUGGUUCGUCGCCAGGUCUUAUGGGGCUUACACUCCCAGUUGGCUGCCCAUUGUGACGCUGUGCCUGUGCAUCUUCUGCGACUCGGCUGGCCUGCAACCCGUCUCAGUGGUUCUCACAGGGGAAAUAUUUUCCUUUAAGUAUCGAGGGUCCGUGUUGGGCAUUACAAUGGCCACCGCAUCCUUUGCCGAUUUCCUACAGAUGCUGUUCUUCAAACCGCUCGCAAACUCUAUCGGUAUCCACGUGUCCUUCUACUUCUUCGGCGGUAUAUGCCUGGUUACAGCGCUGUACGUAGUGCUCGCCAUCCCAGAAACCAAGUCCAGGUCACUGGAGGAGAUCUACAACGAUCUGAGAACGAAGAAAGAAAAACUGGCUGAAGAUUCGAAAGACGUCACCGAGAUCAAUGUCCAUUCGGGUAGUUAUAGGAUAACUGAUGAUGUUUAU